UUAACGGAAACUUGAUCUCAGAAUCGGCACAGUAUUCCGGGCAAUUCAGCAGUGUGCAAUUCGGUGGUGCCAACGAAAUACUUGAACAAAUCUUAAGAAUCCCUUAAACCUCUCCUUGCAAUCGAAAGAGAAAAGUGCAACCUUUGUGGUACCCUGUGUUUGCAACAUUUUAAAUAAGCGUAAAUAAAUUCAUUUGAAAAAUGGCAAGUCUGAAGUGUAUAAUUGCUCUCACGAUCGCCCUCUAUGCGAGCGCUGUGUUGGCGCGACCAGGAUACGCUGUCGACUACUACAACCACCCCAAAUACGCAUUCAAUUAUGGUGUAGCCGAUCACACAACUGGCGAUGUGAAGUCACAACACGAAACACGCGAUGGUGAUGUUGUGAAAGGUCAAUACUCACUCGUCGAACCCGAUGGCUCUAUACGCACAGUCGACUACACUGCCGAUCCCAUAAACGGUUUCAACGCUGUUGUCACGAAAUCUGGACCCACAGUGCAUGCACAAGCGUUAGUACCUGGACCACAUGUUGCGCCAGCGCCGGUCGUAGUGCCAGCACCAGCGCCGUAUGCCCCCAAACCAUACGCCCCCAUUGCUCCCAUCCACUACGACUACGACGAUUACGGUCAUGGUGCUCAAUACGAAUACGUGCCCCAGUAUAGCGGUCAUUAUGGUGGCGGCGCCGGCUACAACGCUCACUACGACGGACACUACGGUGGACACCACGGCGGUCACUAUGGCGGCCACUAUUGAGCGUGCCGAAGCAGCGCUCCCAGCUGAGUACAACACUUUUCGGCUGCGUUAAUUGCGUUCGUUCACCAGCAGCAGCAGUUGACACUUCAAGCCACUAUAUUUUUUCCACGUAUAUCUUCCAUACUUACUAACUGCCUACAACUUACUCGCCAAAUGCUUUGUACCCUUCGAAUAUUUUAUAACUGAAGCUAUUUACCGCCAAUGUCCAUCAAAGUAGUUCAUAAGUUUGUAUUGUUUAUUUUUAGUUUUAUUUUUUUUUUUUUGUUUUUGUAUUCAUAUUUUUAUUGUAUUAUUGGUUGUUGUACGUUAAGUAUUGUGUGCAAGCUUUAAAAUUUCAUUGCCGUACAUAUAUCCACCAUUCUUGUAACAAAAUAAUAUUUAUAAUGAACGUAUGUAUGUAAGUGAAGAAGAUGAUGUACAAUAUAUCAUUUUUAUGUAAUUUUUUUUAAAUGUAUAAUAAAUGAAUUUUUUUGUAACGCGACAAUAAAACGAAUACUCAAAAAUUA